AUGACUGUCAAAGAAACCGAUCAAGAAGUUAUUUUAACACAUCCAAAAGACGCUAAUACUACCGUGACUAUAUUGAAAUAUGGUGCUACGGUCUAUUCGUGGAAAAUGGCUAAUAAAGAACAAUUAUGGGUUUCUACCGCUGCCAAAUUAGACGGUUCAAAGCCAGUCAGAGGUGGUAUCCCAUUAGUUUUCCCAGUAUUUGGUAAGAACGCCACUGAUGAACAUUUAAGCAAAUUACCACAACAUGGUUUAGCCAGAAAUUCCACUUGGGAAUUUUUAGGUCAAGUUAAAAAUGACCCACCAACCGUCCAAUUUGGUUUAGGUCCAGAAAAUGCUAAUCCUGAAUUAACUAAAUUAUGGCCAAUGGAUUUUUCAUUGAUUUUAACUGUUGAACUAGGCAUUGAUCAUUUAAAGACCGCCAUUGAAGUCCAAAAUACAUCUAAUUCAAAUGAAUUAAAAUUUAACUGGUUAUUCCAUACAUAUUUAAGAACUGAAGACAUUGAAGAUACAAUGGUCACAAACUUAACUGGUAUGACCGCAUAUGAUCAAUUAUUAGCUGAAACAUACGUGGAAAGACACCCAGCUUUAACUUUUAGCGAAGAGUUUGACAGAAUUUAUAAAAAAGUUCCAGAAAAUCGUAACAUUCAAGUUGUUCGUCAUGGCCAACCUAUUCAUACCUUAAAGAGAGAGAACUUACCAGACACCGUUGUUUGGAAUCCAUGGAUUAAGAAAUCAGCUGGUAUGGCUGAUUUUGAACCAAAAUCAGGUUUCAAAAAUAUGGUUUGUGUUGAACCUGGCCAUGUUAAUGAUUUUAUAAUUUUACCACCUGGCGAAAAAUGGAAUGCAUCUCAAACUUUAUACAAAGAUGAUUUGAAAUUUCAAGCAAUUAUGUAG